AUGGAUACAAAUAAAAGAAUUGACAAGAAAAAGAGAAUUCGACUAUACUUUCAAACAAAUCGAAUACUGAAAUGGUUCGAAGACAAUUCGAAAAGUUCAAUUAGUGGUCGCGGUAAUCAAGCAUAUGUAUUAGCAACAACUCCAAUUUAUGAUGAAUGGGUUCGAAACAAUUAUGAAUUACAACGUACAAAACGACGUGAUGAUCUAACCAAUAGUCGAUUUGUUCAGAAGAAGAUUAACUAUCUAACGACCAUGAUUGCUCAAGCCAAUGCCGCUGUUACAGAUUUACAAAUUCAACUAGGCACCUAUUGGACACAAACUGUAGCUCAAUCAACUGCUCAAACGAAUGCACAAACCACUGCCGAAUUAACUACACAAUUAAUGCUCGAACGUAUGGGUCAAACAGCGACACAAACUACUGACCAAACCGUUCAAAAUCCCAAUUCAACAACAGCGACCAAUCGUGAUCGAUUAGAAAAAUCUAUUUUAAGAUAUAUUCAACAUUGUACACAACAUGUGAAACGAAUAGCUGAAAAUCGUAUUCAAUUAGCUAAAGCUCAAAUGGAAGAAUUCAAAGCUUUAUAA